GCGCCGCUCGAUCCCGCCCCCGCCCCCGCCUCGCCCCACACGCUCGCCGCCGCCCUCAUCCCCCUCGAGAUCCGACCAGGACCAAUAUACACGAACCACCAGCCAUGGACGCAAGCUGGAGCGGCGGCGUUAACCUGAACGCCCCUCCGCCCGCCAGAGGCGACUGGCGGUGCGCAGCAGGGUCCUCUUCCCCUCCCCCUUCCGUUUGGUUUGAUCCCUGGCAUUCAAUUGCGCGCGAGGCGUGGCCCGUGCUCCGAUCACGGGGCGCGUAUGGCGCUCCCCGGCGGCCCCACCACGCCGACGCCGGAGCAGCCGGAGCCGCUCAGGCUGGCGGAGGAGGAGGUGCGGGAGGCGGAGCUGUUCGAGGAUGCGGUGGACGUCUCGCCGACCGCCUCCGCGCACCCGGUGACAUGGCGCGAGGGCGAGGCUGCACCGUCGUCGUCGCCGUCGAUGUCGGUGUCGAUUCCGCCGCGCAGCGAGGCGGGGGCCGCGGACGACGAGGAGGAGGCUUAUGAGUCACCUCCGGCGUCGGGAGCGUCGGGGCCUCCGGGGAUUGACAGCGCGGGCUGGUCGCCUUCGGUUUCCGAAUCGCGAGAGGGCAGCGCCUCGCCGUCGGGCAGCGCGCGAGGGGCGCGGAGGAGGAGGAGGGGAAUUGGGGGGCCCUGUCGGGGGCAGCAGGCUCGCCAGGGAUGGAGGACUCAAGGUCCAGGUCCUCGUCGGCACCGCCUUCGCCCGGGCCGUCGUCAUCGCCUGCGCCGCAGAUCAGGCCGCACCCGCGCCACGUGCGGACCGGCAGCUUCCAGCGGUUCCGGCAGCAGAUGCAGCGCGCGUGGAAGCAGUUGCUGUGCACUACGGUCAACAUUGAGGCUAUGGCGAACCAGAAGCGACAGUGGUAUCAAAUCCACGCCAAGGAUCAGAAUCAGUUUAAGGAACCAUCAUCGCUCUUUGAACAUUUUUUUCAUAGUUGGACUCCAUUCUUAUGCAAAUGUUGCAGUAAUUGAGGAUGCUUUUGCAAAAAAGAAAGCUUGGGAGUUUAAUGUGGCAUGUUCAGAGGUUGUUGAUCUUAGUAAAAUUCAGUACCAUGGACCAAUACCAACCAUGGAACCAUAGAUAACAUUUAUGGUCAAGCCACGGCCAAUUGAAUGAAGGUCAGUAUUAAUCUGGGCUUAAGAUCUCAAACUUUGUUAUCUAGCUACUGUUGAAACUUAAGGAAAAAUAACUCACUGCCAUCUCAUUUCAUGCAAGAUUAGUGACUAGAUAUACAUUCCUAGAGGUAAAUAAUAUCAGUUAUUUACUGAGUGAGCUAUCAGCUUUGGGUCCUUUCAAAUAGAAGCUCAAAUUUGUUGGCAUUUUCAGGUGUCAGGCAAUUCUCAUGUCUAAUUUAUGCAUGGUUCAAAUAUAUCAUUGCUUGAUCUAGCUAUUGUUGGAUAAUGCAGCAUAAA